GGGGUUGGGAGGAAUCAUGGCGACGAGCCGGGUGAGAACGGGCUGCGGGCUGACGGAGGCAAUAGGGAGGGUUGGGAGCUGUGCUCGCUGCCCCGCUGCACCCUGUGCCGCCCAGUGCUGGCACGGCUGUGCAUGCCACGGGGCUACAGCGGGGCCUCACUGGGCGACUCAGGGAAGGACAUGCUGGAGAUCCCUCUGCCUCCCUGGAAGGAGCGCCCCAAUGAGCCACUGCCCACCAAGAGAGCACGUCUGCUGUACGAGAGCAGGAAGAGGGGCAUGCUUGAGAACUGCAUCUUGCUCAGCCUUUUUGCCAAGGAGAACCUGAGCCGUAUGGAUGAGCGGCAGCUGAACCUCUACGACCGGCUCAUCAACGAGCCCAGCAACGACUGGGACAUCUACUACUGGGCCACAGAAGCCAAGCCCACGCCGGCUGUGUUUGACAACGAGGUGAUGGCCAUGCUGAAGGAGCUUGCUAAGAACAAGAAGAAGGAGCAGAGGCUACGGCAGCCAGACCUGGAGUACCUCUUUGAGUCCACAAGCUGACACCUCCUCCCUCAGACUCUCAGGGCAUGACCAAUAAAGCUGCCAGCUCCUGCUACAAGUG